AAAGAGGAGAGAGAAGGGCCUCCUAUUUCUACCCGUUGCCGUUAGCUUUCAUUUUUCACAUCCAAACGCAUCAUUUCUUGAAUCCUCUCUUCCUCCGCACCAACGGCGACUCACACUCUCUACUCGGAAAUCGAGGGAAUUGGCCUCUAGUUUCCAACGGAUGCGGUGGUCUCCGAUGCCGGAGUUCUGAUCUCCGAUCGAAAUGCUACUGGAUCCCUCGCGAUUCUUGCAGUGAUUUUCACUCAGGAAUUGAUAUCGAAGCGAGAAUGGUGACCUCAGGACCUCUGACUCCCGGGCAGGUGUCAUUUUUUCUUGGGAUCACUCCUGUCUUUAUUGCAUGGAUAUAUGCCGAAAUUUUGGAGUACAGAAAGAGUUCUAUCCAUUCCAAAGUACAUUCAGAUAUCAAUUUGGCUGAAUUGGGAAAUGAAACUAUUAAGGAAGAUGAUAGAGCUGUUUUACUUGAGGGAGGCAUCCAACCUCCUUCCUCAAAAGUAUAUGGUCCAUCCAUAAAAUCCAAUUUGAUCAGGUUCCUCUUAAUGGAUGAGACAUUUUUGAUUGAGAACCGGAUAAUAUUGAGAGCAAUGUCGGAGUUUGGAGCUAUCUUGUUCUACUUCUAUUUGUGUGAUAGAACAGAUGUAUUUGGAGAGUCAACAAAGAAGUACAGCCGAGAUCUUUUUCUGUUUCUUUAUUUUCUUCUCAUAAUUGUUGCCUCAAUGACUUCUUUCAAAGUGCACAAUGACAAGUCAGCAUUCUCGGGCAAAUCUAUACUUUACUUGAACAGGCAUCAAACAGAGGAGUGGAAAGGGUGGAUGCAGGUGCUGUUUCUAAUGUAUCAUUAUUUUGCUGCAACGGAAAUCUACAAUGCAAUCCGUGUAUUUAUUGCUGCCUAUGUCUGGAUGACGGGUUUUGGAAAUUUUUCCUAUUAUUAUGUCCGAAAGGAUUUCAGUCUAGCACGUUUCGCUCAGAUGAUGUGGCGCCUUAAUUUCUUUGUGGCAUUCUGUUGCAUUGUUCUAAAUAACAACUAUAUGCUGUAUUACAUUUGCCCCAUGCACACCCUAUUCACGCUUAUGGUGUAUUGUGCACUUGGAAUCCUAAACAAGUACAACGAGAUUGGUUCAGUUAUUGCUGUGAAGAUUGUUAUGUGUUUCUUUGUGGUCAUUUUGAUGUGGGAAGUUCCUGGCAUUUUUGACAUAGUAUGGGGGCCUUUGACAUUUCUUUUAGGGUACAAGGACCCAAAUCCAUCAAAACAGCAGUUCUCCCAACUGCAUGAGUGGCAUUUUCGUUCAGGUCUUGAUCGCUAUAUUUGGAUAAUUGGAAUGAUUUAUGCGUAUUAUCAUCCAACAGUUGAAAGAUGGAUGGAGAAACUAGAGGAAACCGAACCCAAGCGCAGAGCAACAAUAAAGGCAACAAUUGUGUCAAUUUCUUUAAUGGUGGGAUACUUAUGGUACCAACACAUAUACAAGUUGGACAAGGUCAUGUAUAACAAGUACCAUCCGUACACGUCAUGGAUCCCAAUAACUGUUUACAUUUGUCUGCGAAACUUCACUCAACAGUUGCGCAACGUCUCCUUAACACUUUUCGCAUGGCUUGGGAAGAUAACAUUAGAAACCUACAUCUCGCAGAUCCAUAUCUGGCUAAGAUCUGGCAUGCCCGACGGCCAACCUCGGUGGCUUCUGUCCCUUAUUCCCACUUACCCCUUGCUCAACUUUAUGCUUACGACAGCCAUAUAUGUUGUGAUAUCGUACCGAGUGUUUGAGUUAACAAACACAUUGAAAAACAAAUUCAUGCCAAGUAAGGACAAUAAGAAGCUCGUUUACAACAUCAUGGCUGCUGCUGCGAUAUCUCUUGUCCUCUACAGUGUCGCCUCUGUAUUUCUUCACAUACCCAUUUUCCUGGCGUGAGGCAUGAAAAUGGUGGUGUUUAUGCUGUAGCAUUUUCAUAACAGGAUUGGUGCUUAUGUGUAUGCCGCCGAGAUGUAAAUCGUAACAUUGAUGGUGAAGAUCCGUGCAGUGGAUGGGGCUACAACCAACAGAAAUAUAAUUUUGUUUUUUUGUAUAGAUAUGAGCAUGAGGAGUCUGAAUUUGGCCUCCUUAUGGAUGUGUGUACUGGGUUCCUGUGGGAACCCCUCCUUGUAAUCAUUUUGGUGGGUUCAUUUUAGUGCAAUCCAGCACAGAAAAAGAAAAAAUAUCUGCUCAAUAAAACGGCCCCCCUCGUUCGAUCUGGA